AUGAAGCUUUUGGUUGUCAGCAAUCGGUUGCCACUGACAGUGAAGCGAGGAGAGAAUGGAUUCGAGUACAUGCAAUCAAGUGGUGGAUUAGUCACCGGACUCAAGAGUAUCAAUAACAAAAUCAGGUUCAAAUGGAUUGGAAACAUAAGCGGCGCAGAUCUUUCUUCGGAAGAAAGAGAAAUAAUCAGAAAAGACUGCAGGGACAAAUUCUACUCAAUUCCAAUCUUUAUAGAUCCUGUGCUGAAUGAUCAAUCAUACAACGGGUUCUGCAACGCCAUUCUAUGGCCGAUGCUCCAUUCGUUCAAAGACGACAUAACAUUCUCGAUGGCAAACUACAAUGCUUAUGUCGAGUACAACAAGAUCUUCUGCAAUAAGAUAUGCGAGAUAGUGGAAGAUGGCGAUGUUGUGUGGGUGCACGACUACCAUCUGAUGCUGCUCCCAGAAAUGCUAAGAGCCAUGUCUACAAAGACAUUCAAGGUUAUGUUUUUUCUGCAUACUGUAUUUCCAAAGGCUGAUAUAAUGAGGGCGCUUGAGUACAGGAAGCAGCUAAUAAGCGGAAUAAUGCACAGCGAUCUCGUUGCAUUCCACUCGUUUGAAUAUGCACUUAACUUCAGAGACGUGUGCAUUGAGAAUGGUGUUGAGUGCCUUGGAAAGAUAGAUGCUAUUCCAAUAGGCAUUGAUCCAGAGAUGUUCAGAAGUGUCUUGCAGCAGCAAAUCACGGCCCAGAGAAUAAGAGAGCUUAAGCAAGAGUUCCAAGGCAAAAAAAUCAUCCUUGGCGUUGACAGAACAGACUACAUAAAAGGCAUGCCCCACAGAGUAAAAGGAUUCCAGAGAUUCCUUACAAAGCACCCGGAGUUUGUUGGUAAUGUUGUUUUUCUACAGGUCGGCGUCCCGAGCAGAACCAAUGUCAAGGAGUAUUCUUCAUACAUCACAAAAAUGAACGAGCUUGUUUCAGAAACAAACAGCAUGUUUGGUUCUAUUGAAACUGUACACAUCUACUUCCUGAGCAACAGUGUGAACAUAAACGAGCUGUGUGCUUUGUAUGCGGUCAGCGAUGUACUACUUGUGACAUCGCUCAGGGAUGGAAUGAAUCUCGUUGCUCUUGAAUACGUUUCAUGCCAGGACGGAAACAAUGGUGUUCUUGUGUUAAGUGAGUAUGCUGGGGCAACAACAACAUUGCCGGCAUCUCUUGAAACGAAUCCGUGGAACACCGAGGAAAUAGCAAACACAAUCUACAAUGCAUUGACAAUGCCUGAGGAAGAGCGUGCUGAAAGGCAUAGGAUUAAUGCAAAUGCAAUAGACACGUUUACAUCUGUGAAGUGGGCUGAAAGGAAUCUUGAUGGGCUUUGCGAUGAUUGGAGAGAUUCUCUGAUGCUGUAG